GGCAACUUUUGCUAGAAUGUUCUAUUUUUUAACCUUAAUUUGACCGCGUAUUUUUCAGAGGAUAAAGCUUGUGAAGCUAUGGAGUCGAUAGGAGGCAAAUACCUGAAUAUGGACGAUGAGCAUUGCCAGGCAAUAGAUUCCGGUGAAGAAAUGAAAGAGACUGCAUGCGAUUCGUUGAGAAUGUGCAUCGUAACAACUUUGAACCAAGGACUGAGAAAUGGUGGGGGCAUUGGCGAUGUAUUGAGAGCACCUAGCAGUGAGGAGCCACUGUUUGUGGCCAGAGUUGUCUACGAUCUGCUAUUCUUCUUUGUUGUCAUAAUUAUUGUACUUAAUCUAAUCUUCGGUGUGAUAAUCGACACUUUUGCCGAUCUGAGGUCGGAGAAGCAACAGAAAGAGUUAAUUCUCAAAAAUACAUGCUUCAUUUGCGGUUUAAACAGAUCCGCAUUCGACAACAAAAUAGUCAAUUUCGAAGACCACAUUAAAUGUGAGCACAAUAUGUGGCACUACCUGUUCUUCACAGUCUUGAUCAAAGUGAAGGAUCCGACUGAAUUCACAGGUCCAGAAAGCUACGUGUACGCAAUGGUGAAGGCUUCGAACCUGGAAUGGUUUCCUAGACUUCGAGCGAUUUCUCUGAAUGCCAUCGAGGGAGAAGGGGAACAGAUUGAGCUGAAAGGACUCACUCUUCAGUUGCAGAAUACUCAAAUGCUGGUCACGACUCUGUCUCAACAACUGAUGGAACUUAAAGACCAAAUGAGCGAACAGAGAAAGCAGAAGCAGAGAAUGGAAUUGUUGAAUUCUGCCUCUGCGUAUUUGCAUCCUACAAAUGCGACAUAGGUUAUUUUUGUUAAUUCUCCAAGCGGAUUUGGUCCAAAAUGAUGUUUUUGAUGCAACGAAAUUUUUUUGUACCGCUCCUGCUCGUCUUGUAACGGGUGAUUCAUUUAGAUUUAAAGCAUUGAUAAACGUAUCCUACCUAAAGAUAUCCAACCUAAUGCUACAUUUGCGAGUUGAGAUACCGUAGCGUUAUGCUUGAGAAUUUGCCACAACUGUUUCUCUAUUAACUAUACAGGGUGUCCAAUAAGUACCACGACAAACUUAAGGUAGGCUUUGGACUGAUCUCUCAACUUACCUAUAUAAAAGUGUCACCGUUUUUGAGAUAUUGAAUUUUUCCUUAAAUUUUAAAAAAACGAACCUUUUCGUCUGUG